UGCACUUCAUUACACGUGAGGCGGCAUUUGCACCUUCAACUCAUCGCUGCGCUCACUUGAUUCUGUAUAAGUAAGCCUUUCCCGCGAUGGCGGGGACAGAAUUCGAUAUUGCUCAGCUCAAUGAGGAUCAGCAGCUGGCAUUACAGCAGUUUACGUCAGUAACGGACCAGGAGGUGGAAGCUGCCAUUCCUAUAUUGCAGCGCUCGCAAUGGAACGUACAGAUUGCCAUUGCCAAGUUCUUUGAUGGCGAGUCCGCCGAUCCCGUCGAGGAGGCGAUUGCAGCUUCCCCUCAGCAGCAUACGGCACGAGAAACAUUAAUCAAUGGCUCGGGCUCCUUUCCUCGAUCUGCAGUACCCCAUGGUCUUGAUCCAGCUCCGCGAAUUGUACCUCAACCCGAGAGCCAAGUGUCUUAUCGACCACCAGUGUUUCUUUCCUUGCUCUUCGCGCCGUUCAGUCUCCUUUAUCGCUUCAUAUCCACCUCCUUUGGUCUCUUUGGAUACCUCUUCCCAUUUCUGCCGAGGUUGCUUUCCCGUUUAUCGCCAGCGACUACACAACCAGCUCGACUUCGGGAUACAACAGGCCGGCGACCACUCAAUGCGCGGGACACGGCUGCUCGGUUCGCUCGGGAGUUUGAGGAGGAAUAUGGAGCUCAUAGCUUGCCCUUUGUUGAAAAUGGCUACGCACAGUCAUUCGACAUGGCAAAGAAAGACCUCAAAUUCUUGCUGGUUAUUCUUCUGUCACCAGAGCAUGACGAAACAGCUUCAUUCGUUCGAAACACUCUUCUGGCGCCUGAGGUCGUCGAAUAUAUAAACGAUCCACGGAACAAUAUCAUCCUCUGGGGCGGGUCAGUCCAAGAUUCGGAGCCGUACCAAGUCUCUGCUGCGCUCAACUGCACAAAGUUCCCUUUUGCAGCCUUGAUUUCACAUACACCCCAACUGUCCUCAACCGCCAUGUCAAUCAUUGCUCGCAUCACUGGACCAACGCCGCCUACUGCAUUUGUUGCCAAACUCCGGGAAGCCAUCUCUCAGCAUUCACAGGCGCUGAACCAGGCCCGUGCUACUCGCGCCGAACAACAGGCCGCCCGGAAUCUCCGCGAGGAGCAAAAUUCUGCUUAUGAACGAUCGCUCGCCCAAGACCGGGAACGUGCAAGACAAAGACGCGAAGCUGAGGCUGCCAGGGAGCGUGCUGAGCGCGAAGCUAGGGAGAAGGCAGAAGCAGAAGAAAGGAAGGCGCGAAAUGUGCAACUGUGGCGGCAGCAUCGGGCCAAAACAAUUCCGCCAGAGCCAGCGGCCAACGCGAAGGAUGUCGCGCGAAUCAGCAUUCGCAUGCCCUCUGGAGAUCGGGUCAUUAGAAAGUUUAGCUCUGACGCAACUAUCGAAGAACUCUAUGCGUUUGUUGAAUGCUAUGACGUUCUUCAAGGCGCACCUGACGAGACGGAAGAGAAACCAGAUGCAAGCUACCGACACGAAUUUGGCUUUAAGCUUGUCUCGCCCAUGCCCCGUACCGUGUAUGAUAUUUCAGAGGGAGGUACCAUUCGCGCCCGCGUUGGGCCGAGCGCUAAUCUCAUUGUCGAGGAGAUUGUCGACGAUGAGGACGAGGAUGCCACUGAAGACUGAGUUGCACCAGUACCUCACAGAGUACUUUCUCCGCUUUGGUCUCGUCGUUUUAUCAUAUUUGCCUUUUUUAACAUCUCAGAAGCAUCGCGAUGGAGUUGGGUGUGUGUGUCUAUUCCCUGAACUGACAGGGCCAGCAAAGUCCGUCUUUUAUUCUAUUUUAUAUUUGCCUUUUUUCCAAAUUCAUCACAGCAUUUCUGGACGGAGCGUUGACUUCACGUAUUCGCGAGCAGACCCUGGCUCAUUGAUCUAGGUACCUUGUGUACUAAUCUUAAACCUUCUGCGUUAGUUGCAGAAUCUGGCACACCGUGCGAGUACUUGCGAGUUGUCAAUACUAGGUAUAUUUAGAAUGGACUGUCCAAGUCGCCGUAAUUCUAUACACGACU